CCCAAAUAUAAACGCUGGUCUUGGUCCGGCCCAGGACGGUUUUGGAGCUGGCUUUGAAGUAGUGUCGGCUGCGCCCUGGACGUCCCGCUGACCGCGCGCGCGCUUCUGAGAAAUGUCUGCUGACGAGACCGAAGCCGCUGCCAGCACCCAGGUGACGGCAGAGGAACCGGUACAGCAGCCCAGCGUGGUGGACCGCGUGGCCGGCAUGCCCCUCAUCAGCUCCACCUGCAACAUGGUGUCCGCCGCCUACACAUCCACCAAGGAGAGCCACCCCCACGUUAAGACUGUCUGCGACGCAGCCGAGAAGGGGGUGAAGACCCUCACGGCUGCCGCGGUCAGUGGGGCCCAGCCCAUCCUGUCCAAGCUGGAACCCCAGCUCACCUCGGCCAGUGAAUACGCCCACAGAGGGCUGGACAAACUGGAGGAGAAUCUGCCCAUCCUGCAGCAGCCGCCGGAGAAGGUCCUGGCAGACACCAAGGAGCUUGUGUCGUCCAAGGUGUCAGGGGCCCGACAGGCUGUGUCCAGCACGGUGUCCAGUGCCAAGGACACUGUGGCCUCCCGAGUCACCGAGGCAGUGGACGUCACCCGGGGUGCUGUGCAGAGCGGCGUAGACUUGACCAAGUCCAUGGUGGCCAGUGGCGUCCACUCGGUCGUGGGCUCCCGUGUGGGCCAGAUGGUGCUGAGCGGGGUGGACACAGUGCUGGGCAAGUCGGAGGAGUGGGUAGACAACCACCUGCCCAUGACGGACGCUGAGCUCGCCCGCCUCGCCACGUCCCUUGAGGGCUUCGACAUCGCCUCGGUGGCCCAGCAGCGCCAGGAGCAGAGCUACUUCGUGCGGCUGGGCUCCCUGUCGGAGAGGCUGCGCCAGCGGGCCUACGAACACUCUCUGGGCAAGCUGCAGAACACCAGGCAGAGGGCACAGGAGGCCCUUCACCAGCUGUCACAGACGCUUAUCCUGAUGGAAACCAUCAAGCAGGGCGUCGAUCAGAAGCUGGUGGAGGGUCAGGAGAAACUACACCAGAUGUGGCUUGGCUGGAACCAGAAGCGGCUGCAGGGCCCGGAGGAGGACGCGGCCAAGCCAGAGCAGGUCGAGUCUCAGACACUCGCCAUGUUCCGUGACAUCACCCAGCAGCUCCAGACCACCUGUGCCUCGCUGGGCUCCAGCCUCCAGGGUCUGCCCGCCCACAUCAAGGAUCAGGCGCUACAGGCUCGCCAGCAGGUAGAGGACCUCCAAGCCACCUUCUCUGGCAUCCACUCCUUCCAGGAUCUGUCCAGCAGCGUCCUGACACGGAGCCGUGAGCAGGUGGCCAGGGCCCGAGAGGCCCUGGACCACUUGGUGGAGUAUGUGGCCCAGAACACACCCAUCACGUGGCUGGUGGGCCCCUUCGCCCCUGGAGUCGUCGAGAAAGCUCCAGAAAAGAAGAAAUAGGGGAGGCUGGAGGAGGGCUCAGAGGGCUCCAGGCUUCUCCCAGGGGCCGGCAAGUGACAGGGGACCCCUCACUGGGAACGCACCUCAGGAGGCUGACAUUCUCAAAUCUGACCUGUCCCUCAUCCUCUCCAUGCUUGGAGGAAGCAUGUCCUGAGCAUCACAUCUGUCAUCAGGACAAGAGUUCCAGGGAAAAAAAUGUUUUUUUCUAGAGGGUUCCAAAUUUUUCUUCUUCCUUAAAAACCAGGAAUAUAGUUCUUACAUCCCACACCCUUUUUCUACAUUGAGGCCCCUGGAUAUCAGCCUGAAGCUAAUGGACUUGGACCUCUGGGAGGUGGGCCUCUUAGGGGUGAGGUGGGGGCAGGGCAGCUGACAGUCUGGAGCAGGAGGGAGCUCAGGCCUGCCCAGCAAGCCCUGGGUGCGGGAGGCUUCAGUGCUGCCUUAAUAAAUUUUACCUGCAAAGUCCAGGCCUCAUAUA